AAUAUACUAACACUCCAGCCAACUAAGGUGGCCUGCCGCACAGAGUUCCUUGGAAAGACACAGAUUCUGUUAUGGAAUUGUCGAAGAUGUCAGACAUGACAAAACUCCACCAGGCUGUGGCUGCAGGAGACUGCAAUUCAGUGAAGAAAAUUUUGAAAAAAGGUCUCUGUGAUCCAAACUACAAGGAUGUGGACUGGAAUGACAGGACCCCACUUCACUGGGCGGCUAUCAGAGGGCAAAUGGAGGUGAUACAUCUCCUGAUACAAUAUGGAGCCAGACCCUGCUUGGUGACUGAUGUGGGCUGGACCGCAGCUCACUUUGCAGCCGAGUCAGGCCAUCUGAAUGUACUUAAAACUCUCCAUGAACUGUAUGCUGCCAUUGAUGCUGCUGACUUCUUCGGAGACACGCCCAAGAGGAUUGCACAUAUCUACGGUCAGAAAGCCUGUGUGGACUUCCUGGAAAAGGCAGAACCGGAAUGCCGGGACCGCCGCCAGAGAGGGCUAUUGCUUGAUGAGCAGGAUCCAGAUUGGGACCUCAAGAAAAGAGAAUUAGAGCUGUCUCUUCCAGCUCCAGGUCAAAACACCAACAAAAAGAAGAAGAGAAUCCGAGGCUCCACCAGGGUCAGCCAUCCCAAGGCCUGGAAGAUAUGAGAAAGAGGGACAAAGGACACAGGCUCCAAGAGGCCUAGCCUGGAGCUGGACUUCCUGUCUCACAAGCUUUGACUCAGCCGCCCUUACCCAGGCUUCUACAGAAAGUCAUGGCCAGCCCCUGAGCUGGAAAGUAUUGCCAGAGUGUCCCCUUAGAGAGGCCGAUGUCUCUCUUUGUGAAAAUUUGAUGCCCAGAAGCGUGACCCGAAGGGGAAGCGUCAGCCUACAGCUGCUUGCAUUUUGUUUUUAGUGAUUUGCAGUGUCAGCAUGCCCUACAUCUCACCCUAA